AUGAUCAAAUAUCGAACAGAAGGAUUCAAUGGAUAUUCGUUACAAUUCAGUCCAUUUUUUGAAAACAAGCUUGCUUGUACAACCGCUGCCAAUUACGGACUAGUUGGGAAUGGACGAUUAUUUAUAAUAAAUAUUGGAAUGGGUCCAACUGGAAUUGAAGUUGAACGAGUAUUUGACACACAAGACGGAUUGUUCGAUUGCUCAUGGAGUGAAAUUAAUGAGAAUCAAAUCGUGACUGCGAGUGGUGAUGGUUCUAUCAAAUUAUGGGAUGUUACACUUCCGGAUUUCCCGAUAAGGAAUUGGCAGGAACAUCAACGUGAGGUGUUCUCGGUCCAUUGGAAUCUUGUUAAAAAAGACACAAUCGUCAGUGGAUCUUGGGACACUACAAUUCGAGUGUGGAAUCCUGAGCUUCCACAAUCACUAAGAACCUACGCAGAACACACAAAAUGCGUAUACAACACCACCUGGUCUCCGCACAAUCCCGAAAUAUUUGCCUCUGUAUCCGGAGAUCAAACUUUAAAAAUAUGGGAUCUUAAAUCCCCAGCAAAAUCAGUACAAACAAUUCCAGCACAUCAUAACGAAAUACUCUCACUAGACUGGAACAAGUAUCAACAGAAUACGCUGGUUACCGGAUCCUCGGAUCUGACAGUAAAACUAUGGGACUUGCGAUAUCCAAAUCGUGAAGUGAUUUCGCUGCUUGGUCACGAGUACGCGGUCCGUCGAGUUAAAUGUUCACCUCAUAAUGGUGACAUUGUGGGUUCAGUCUCAUAUGAUAUGACAAUGAGAUUAUGGGAUACUAAAUUGCCGAACCCGUUGAUCGAAGUGCAUGAUGAUCAUACAGAAUUUGUUGUUGGAAUUGAUUUUAAUUUGUAUGUUGAAGGUCAGGUUGCUACUUGUGGUUGGGAUGAAAAAAUACACGUGUUUCAACCGGUUGCUUUGAUUUUGAGAAAUUAA